AGCACUUUUCAACAGCUGUGUUAAGAGUUUGCCGGCAAUUGUUAUUUAUUUAUUAAAAGCAUUUAUAAGCUAAACUUGUUGUGUUAAUAAUGUUAAUUAGUAAAAUUAGGUAUAUACACGCGUUGGGUGUGCGUUGUAGCAGUUCCCACUACGUAACAACGCCCAUAUUCUACGUAAAUGCAGCACCACACAUUGGACAUUUGUAUUCAGCCGUCAUAGCGGAUGCACACUGUCGUUACCAGCGACUGCGUUAUCCCGAUAGAAACGUGCGUCUUUGCACGGGAACCGAUGAACACGGCACAAAGAUUCAACAGGCGGCAGCGGGACACAAAAUUCCCGUGGCGCAAUAUUGCGACGAGAUCUCGGCACGCUAUAGAGAUGUCUUCAAGGCGGCGGGCAUAGCCAACGAUGACUUUAUACGCACCACGGAGCAACGACACAAAGAGGCAGUUGCCCAUUUCUGGCAAACGCUGCAGUCCCGUGGUCACAUCUACUCCGCCGCCUACAGUGGCUGGUACUGCGUCUCGGAUGAAACCUUCUUAACAGACUCCCAGCUGCGUCUGGAUGAGGAAAGUGGCACUCGCUUCUCCUUGGAAUCUGGUCAUCCUGUGGAGUGGACCGAAGAGACCAACUACAUGUUCCGCCUGUCGCAAUUCCAAGACGAUGUGCGUCAUUGGGUCAAGCAGGAGGCGCGCAUUCGUCCGGCAAAGUUCGAAAAGAUUCUGCUGGACACUCUUAGUGAACCUCUGCCCGAUGUCUCCGUCUCCAGACCCUCGAAUCGGGUGCACUGGGCCAUCCCGGUGCCCAAUGAUGACAGUCAGACUGUCUACGUGUGGCUUGAUGCGCUGAUCAACUAUCUAAGCUCAGUUGGGUAUCCCAAUGAGAAGUACUUAAAGCAAUGGCCACCCGCACAGCAAGUGAUUGGCAAGGACAUACUCAAGUUCCAUGGCAUUUACUGGCCAGCUUUCCUGCUGGCCGCUGGAUUGGAGCCACCUCAGCAACUCUACGUGCACUCACACUGGACUGUGGAUGGCCAGAAGAUGUCCAAGAGCAAGCACAAUGUCGUGGAUCCCAUUCAGGCUGCAGAGCAAUAUACGAUGGAGGGAUUGCGUUACUUUCUGCUGAGAGAAGGCGUUGCGCACAGUGAUGGCAAUUUCAGUCACGUGAAAGCGCUGCGCAUAUUAAACUCGGAGCUGGCGGACACUUUGGGCAAUCUGUUAUCACGCGCUUGUGCCAAGUCGCUGAAUCCGCAGCAAAUAUAUCCAGCGCCGCAUGCGGAGGAGAGUUCUGCCCUCUUGAAGGAACUCGAUGCGGCGAAGCGAAUGCAGGAGUCGCUGCUGCAGAUGGCGACUCGCUGCGAGCAACACUAUGAGUGCAAUCACUUCCAUUUGGUGGCGGACACGGUCAUUGCAACGCUGCAUGCAACCAACAAUUUCUUUGAGUGUGCCAAGCCCUGGGAGCUAAAGGCCGGCGCCAGUGCAGCGAAUGCGCCACGCCUCGAGACAAUAAUCGCAAUGACAAUGGAUGCGUUGCGGCUUUGUGGCAUUGUGUUGCAGCCGAUGAUGCCACAGCUGGCCGGUCGACUGCUCGAUAAGCUGCGCGUACCCGGCGACCAGCGUCAAUGGAAGUAUUUGGCCAGCCACGUUACGUCCAGCAGUCGUCCCUUGGAUGCACAAAGCGCGCUCUUAUUCCAACGCAUAGUGGAGCAGCAGGAUAACAAGCCAGCUCCCGAGAAGGAGAAGGAGAAGAAGGAGUCGAAGCGCAGCAAAGCCAAGAAGCAGAAUGAACUGAAGAAGAAUAAACAGGCAUCUUCUUCAAGCACGUAGCUGUAAUAAACUGAAGCUUCAAGUCAA